CUCCACUCUCCACUGUUCAGUCUCGGCUCUUUAAGCUGGAAGCUCGGCUGAUCUCUACGUCAAACAAACGGCAGUAGCGUGUGAGAGGGAAGGUGUUUCUCCGUGGGAAACCCUCCUCACUGCUGUCAGCGGACAGCGAAGCGUGAAGGAGAGGAGAGCAGUUAGGAUUAAACUCCACUGAAUGAACUUCACCGAAGGAGACCUGCACGCAAAACCUCCAACACCUCCUCCAGAAGCGACAAACUGAGAUUCUCACCAGCCAAAACCCAGACAGACCAUGCUAACGCUAUGACCACGACUACAAUGGUUCGGUCUGUAGUGCUGACGGUCCUGAUGCAUGUUUUCCUGGUGCCCCAUGAUGCUCAGAGUUUGGAGCCCGAGGAUGGCGCCUCGUUUCCCUCAGGUGCCCUGGGCCUCCCAUGGCAGGAUGAGCUGUGCUGUGACUCACCUUCAGCCCACCCUGGUGUCGAGGGAGGUGCCACGAACACAUCAGAGGCUAACCGCUCUGAAUCAACCCUCCCACUUCGUCCCCGCUGCAAGUACAGGAACUCGACAACCCAAUCACAUCCCUAUGAGCCCUCUGGUGGCACCUGUGUUGACAUACGGUGCAGAAUUGAUGAAAACUCGGGAAAUCUGACUUGUGAUCUUCAGUCUCACGGCCAUCGGUCCGGCACGCUGGAUGUUGGUCUGAUGAUGGUCAGAUUACAGCGCCUGCUAUCUCAAAAAACAGACGCAGAAGUGAACAAUCCUGCACCUGAUAGUCCUGUUGUUUGUGAAGCAAAGGAUUCUUUCAUGUGCUCCAUCACUCUUGACCCUACAACAAGCUUUGUCACCAUGGUAACUGUCAGCAUCUUAGACGCCGUGGCUCCUCCAGUUCUGCUCAGAAUUCCUGCCCGACCUGUGAAACCGAGUCCUCCAGUCAACGUGUCACACAUUCAGACCAUUGAGGCAGAACUGAUCGUUCAGUGGAACGACUCCACAGACUUUGAUCUCAGCCCGCUGAGAUAUGAGGUCCGAUUUUCCUCCAACACCACUCACCCAACCUGGCAGGUGGUGCAUGCAUCUGGAAAGCCACAGCGGUCUUUAGAUCUGAAGCCCAAACUGAACUACACCAUCCAGGUUCGCUGCUGCAGUCAGGAAGAGCCUCCGCUGUGGAGCGAGUGGAGUGAACCUCACCACAUUUACCUGAACAAGGUGAGCUACAUUCCUGACAAAAUAGUGGUGCGACGUGGUGAGAACGUAACCGUGUGCUGUGUGUUCAACGACCACAGCAUCAACGCCAGCACGGCCGUGUGGAUGCUUAACCACAAGCAGCCGCUUAAUCACAGCCAGUACCACCCAGUCAACCAAUGGGUCAGCCAGAUCACAGUGCGUCCAUCGGAGACUCAGAUGUAUGACGUGCUGCGUUGUACGAAGGAGUGGACCCUCGCCUACAGUCAGAUCUAUUUGGAAGGAGCUGUGAUUAACAUAAGAUGCAAAACAGACGGUGACAUGAAUGCUAUGCACUGCAGCUGGAAUGACACGCAGUUGACUAUGCUCACAUUUCGAUCGAGCUGGUCUUACCUGUCCUGCGACGAGAUGAAGAAGAGGGAGAAAGCGGGGAAGACAGUGGGAGAGAUGGGGCCUGUUUGUAGAUCCUCUCAGAAAACCUGCACCAUCAAGCCUCUGAGAAUGACCUGCUACAAACUGUGGCUGGAGGUCCCAUCGCCGCUGGGUCCUAUCAGGUCCGAACCUUUCUACGUGUUCCCUCAAGAUCACGUGAAGCCGAACCCACCCACUGAUGUAAAAGCCGUGAGCCAGAGAAAUGGGCAUCUGAACGUCACUUGGAAGCCUCCAUCUCUGCCAGUCGAAGUCCAGUGUCAGUUUCGCUACCACUCCCCAUCCGCUGUGAGCACCGCGCCGGACUGGAAGAACCAGAGUUCAGUUCGAGUUCCCUGGGAUGACGUCCUGGUACCAGACAUGUGCCGGGGGUACGUGGUUCAGGUGCGCUGCAUUCACGUUAAACUCACCGGAGAGUGGAGCGACUGGAGCGCCUCAGUCUACUCCACACCACAAAACAGCAGAGCUCCUGAACGUCCCGAUUUCUGGAGAAUCUUUCAAGAUGAUCCACACAGCCAGCGGACUAAUGUCACUCUGCUGUUUGAGCCUUUACCGGUGUCUGGGAACUCCUACUGUGUGGACGGAUUUAUAGUCCAGUGGCAGACCUCAGGCGGGCCUGUGACAAGGAAGCGGAUCGAGCUGGUGUCCUCGUACAGCUUCGAGUGGAACCAGGAGCUGCAGAUUGUGACUGUGGAAGCCUACAACACUCUGGGGAGCUCCACCAACAACAUAAACAUGACACUGAAGAGACAACCUAAACGCCGCUGUGUGCGUUCGUUCCACGUGUUGGUUAUCAACAGCACCUGUGUGUCUCUGUCCUGGAGCCUGCUGGACAACCGCUCUGUGCCUCAGUUCAUGGUGGUCCAGUGGUGGCCUCAGAGGCAGCAGGACUCUCAGAACUCUGAACCGAGUGGAGAAACGUGGGCCAGACUGCCCUACACUGAUCACCCUGUCUUUCUGACAGGUAAUUUCAUUGGCUCCGAGAAGUUGGACUUCUCCUUGUACCCUGUGUUUGCUGAUGAGGAAGGGGAGCCAUUUCACACUUCAGUUGUUGCAGCCUCCAGAGGAGACCCCGCAGUCUACAUGUUGCUGAUGAUCAUCUCCUUCCUCUCCAUCGUCCUGUUUAUCACACUGCUCCUCUCCCAAAACCAGAUGAAAAAGUUUAUGUGGAAAGAUGUUCCCAACCCCAAGAAGUGCUCGUGGGCUAAAGGAAUAGACCUCAAAAAGGCGGACACCUUUGACCACCUGUUCCAGCCUCCAGAAGGUCUGCCAAUGCGGCCGCUGCUCUUGCCCUCUGAGAACAUCUCCAAAGUCAUCAUAGUGGACAAAGCUCUGGCUAUCCAAACCUCACUUGUGUCUCUGACUCCUGAUCCUACCAAUGCCUCAGCUACUUCCCUUCCUCCAGGGUUUGACUCAGUUGUUGACCAGUUCAUAGAGAGUGAGACGCUCACUUCUGCAGCUGUUAACCUGGAUGAUUUGAUCACUUCCAGCUCAGAAAUAGAUGAAUUACUGCCAGCUGAUCCUCCAGAGGACCAGCACCCAGGUAACACUGACACCUCUGCCCAGUCCUCAGUUACAUACGCCACCGUGCUGUUCUCUCACCCCAAGCAGGACCUACCGCCGGUUGACCUCCACUACAAAGAUGGAGGAAGCAGCAGCUCCAGUGAUGAGGGGAAUUUCUCCGCCAACAACUCUGACAUUUCUGGAUCUUUCACCGGCGGCUUGUGGGAGCUGGACAGCUGCCGUGGUGGGGACAUGGACGACCCAAGACGCUCUCGUUCCUACAACUCUGUGGAGGAACUGUCUGAACCAUCGGAGCAAGAAGAUGAAGGGGAGGUGAGACCAGAGAAGGAUUUGUGCUAUCUAGGAAUGGACUACCCUGCGGAAGAUGAUAAGAGUAAGGACGAUGAAGAGCAGAGAGAGGAGGAGACAACUGAACUUCUUAAGAGUGUUGUUUUGAACAGAGAGAACUGUUCUAUGGAGUCGCAUCCAUUGCUCGGCCCGGAGGACUCUAGCGGGCUGCUGUCGCCAUCAACAUGCAACCUCUCCCUGCUGUACCUGCCUCAGUUCAGAACUGCUGCAUGUAUGAGGCAAUUCAACACUCAAACACAAGACAGCAAACCGCCACUGUGAUUAAAAUGUGCACCAUUAAAUCCAUUGUGUCAUGAUUCAGCUUUUCCAAAGCGGAUUUGCAUCUGCUCCGUCGGUCAUACUGAGGUGUGGAGCUGGAAAAAGUAAAAAGUACCUCGACAUAUGUGUGACUGCUAAUGGUGAUUCAUCAGUGCUGCUAUUGUGUCUGUGGGGAAAGGAAGGCACAAGCCAAUCAGGCGUUUCUUUCUUUCUUUAUUGGGCUUUAAACCCAGGUUCCACUGUGCCAAACUGCCUUUGUGCACUAUUGAUCACUGAUGCAGGAGCGUUUGCUGAGAAAGACAAAGCUCAGAGGGCAGCAGGAAGGCUGUACAAGCAGCAUGCUUGGCAUCAAGAAGGGACAAAAAGAGGAGGAGAUCAUCUGGUGGCUUCAAACAUCUUGUGGUGUACAUACAGCAUAUGUUACAGGUGGUCAUAUAUUAGAUAUGCUUGAAUUAAAAUAACUGAAAAACACCCUCUGUAUGCCUAACUACAUUCAGUCAUUUGUUCCUAACAUGAUGCUGAAAAACCUUGCCACUCUUUGCUGAAUUAUUUCCGCUAUAUUUAAGAUGAAAGGGGUUCAAAGAGAAUAAAGAAAUGCACAGAAAGCAAGAGAGAAAGUCCCUAAUCUGCACAGUUUGGGCUAUUCUCAAAGCGCACGUGACUGUGAAGUGGAGGCAAAACUUGGAUGUUACAUCAAAGCGUAGCUGGUGAGCGAGUGCAGGUGAUUUUUGGACACUUCAUUCAUUGUAUUCAUAGGCAGCUUGAGUAUCAACAUCUGCAUGGAGUGACUCACCCACCAGCCCAAAGCAUUUCUGUACCAAUGUGCUGUAAUGUAUUUGAGUUACAGUAUGUGAGAAAUGUGAUAUGUAUUUUUGUCUGUGUUUUUCUGUUUAAACGCACAGCUGCUGUCUUCUGUAUAUAAAAGACAAAAGAAUGUAUAUUUGAAUCCAGAUAAUGUCCAAAAUUACAAUGAAUGAAAAUGUGGAAACCUUAUUGACAGAAAUUAUUCUUUAUGGAGAGCUUUUGUCUAUUUUUCAUGGUGAAAAUAAACUAUUUAUUGUGA